AUGACCAGUUCGACGUUUUCCGAGCAAAAUUCACUACCAAGCCUUCCACUGCCAGAAUUGGAGGAAACUAUCGGCAAAUAUUUGAAAUCAUUAGUUCCAAUUGUACCAAAGGAUGAACUAGAAACUAUCACCACACUAGCAAAUGAUUUUGCUUCUUCUCAAAAUGGGCAGAUCCUUCAACGUUUUUUGAAGGAAAAAACUAUAUCUUCUAAAAACUGGUUAGAAGACUGGUGGUACGAUGCUUAUUUAACAAACCGUGAUAGCUUGCUCACUCAAAAUAUGGGAGCAGUUGUUCCAAAGUUCUCUGUCAAUGACUCGUCUCAAAUAGAAUCAGCGUCACACAUUAUUCAUCACUUGAUGAGUUAUUGGAGCUUAAUCAGACAAGAGAAGAUUGAAGUUACAAAAAGCAGAGGAAAUAGUUGGGACAUGAAUCAGGAUUAUAACUUAUUCAAUGCAUGUAGGGUACCCGCAUUACCAAAAGACAGAAUCAAAAGAUACUUUCGCACAGAAGCAGAAGGAAAAUGCCCUUCUCACGUCAUCAUACUUUGCAAUGGGCAUGUCUGGAAGCUUGAGACAACAUGUGAAAACAGCAAGUUUUUGAAUAUCUUUGAAAUUCAAAACGCACUGAAAAGAAUAAAAGAAAGCUCGAGAACAUCCGUAGAAUGUUCCAUUGUUCAACUGACUUCUCUGGGAAGAGACAAUUGGGCACAGAUUCGGGAGUCCAUGAUUCAGAACAGCAAUAGAAAUGUUGAAUUGUUCCACGAUGUUGAUAGUGCGGUUUUCUGUCUCACACUCUCCGAUGAUUUUGUGGAAAAUGAAUCUGAGCUUAUGAAGUACUCUAUAUUUGGAUCACCAUUAAACGCAUAUUGUGAUAAGAAUCUUAACAUUAUUGUGCUCAGAGAUGGAAAAACAUGUUUGCAGGCUGAGCACGGAAAUGUUGAUGCCAUAUCUCUCUUUGCUCCUUGUGACUUUGCAGCUGACCAAUUUCAACUAAAUCGAAAAUUGAGUAAAAAGAGCUCCCAAAAUAAGUCUUCUUCAAUGCAACCAGUCAUGCCUGUUAAGAUUGAGUUUUUGUUGACCGGAUCUGUUUCCCAAAAAAUAUCUGAAGCGGAGAGGGAUUUUUAUUUUUUGAGCUCAAAAACCAACGUGAAUGUAUAUCAUUAUACAAAUUUUGGAGCUACAUAUUGUAAGCAAAGAACAUUAUAUGCAGAUACAAUUAUUCAGAUUGCAUUACAAAUGGCGUAUUUGAAAACUCACAAUAAGUUAGCUCCAACAUACGAAACUGCUUCUACGCGAAUGUUUUAUCAUGGAAGAACGGAAACAGUCCGAAGUUUAACAACUGAUAUGGAAAAAUAUUUAACCGCUUGUGAAAAUUCAGCCACAAAUGAAACCUUAAAACUUCUAUUCUUUGACGCGUAUAACUCACACAAUACGUUGAUGGAUGCUGCUCGAGAAGGAAAAGGAAUAGAUCGACAUUUCUAUGGUUUGAGAAAGGCACAAACUGCGAUUCAGUCAUAUGGAAAAUCAGUAGAAAUUCCAUUUCUGGAUCACAAAUCGUUUAGUGCCAGCGGUGGAAAUGGGAACUUUUUGUUGUCAACAAGUUUCCUUGGAUAUCAUGAAAAUGGUUGUUUCGGAUACGUUGUGCCAAUGUGUAAAGAUGGCUACGGAACAUUCUAUCGCAUCAAUAAAACAAGCUUUACAUUCACCAUCUCCAAUUGGCUUGAUGAUGCUACAAACGGGGACGAAUUCCGUGAAAACCUUGAGUAUUCUCUCAAUUUUAUCAAGAAUGUAAUUCUGACCAACGAAUAAAACCAGAACCUCCCACAGGCUUUGGUUCUCUAUCUUUCUGUCCGUUUUUAUUUCUGUUUUGUGUGAUAUCUUUGAUAAAAGGUUUUUCGUCGUUUA